ACAUAAAAUUUUCUCUCCAAAUCCAGAGAAAUAAAUUUCGAACUUUAUUUCCUUCACUCGAAAAAUUCUCCACACGACAAGGAAAUUAAAACCCCAUAAUUCCUUGCCAAUAAAACCUUCCAACUACUCAAUUAUUUUUCUUUAGUGUAAUCUUGAAAACAUGGUAAUAGCUACAGAAACCAGUAGUAGUCAUCACCGGAGACUCACUUUCGCCGCCUUCUUAAACUCCGAUCCCGCCGCCGAAGAAGAAGAACAGAGCCAUGGUGUUGAUGUCACUAAUCCCAGUAGUAGCAACAACAACACCAACAAGGAUGUCCAUUAUCACCAACAACGUCAAAGCAAUGCUUCGACAACUAGCGGUGAGUCGUCCCCUAAUCAAGUUUUGUCUCCAUGGAACCAAACUUAUUCUCCGUAUUACACCGACACAACAACGACUCCGUCGAUGUCUCCCUCACCGUGGAACCAAACUUACUCUCCGUACUACAAGUCUCCUUGGAUCUACCAAACCCGAAACAUGGAUGACGACACCGACAACGGUUUGAUCGGUACAAUCGUGAGACAAGACGGUCAUGUCUACUCGUUAGCUGCUUCUGGGGAUCUUUUAUUCACUGGAUCCGAUUCCAAGAACAUUCGGGUUUGGAAAGAUCUCAAGGAUUUCACCGGGUUUAAAUCGACAAGUGGAUUGGUUAAAGCGAUUGUAAUAACCGGAGAUAACAGAAUUUUCACUGGUCAUCAAGACGGUAAAAUCCGGGUUUGGAGAGGGUCUAAAAGAAGAACCGGAGGUUAUUCACGAGUCGGAAGCUUGCCGACGUUGAAGGAGUUUUUAACAAAAUCAAUGAAUCCAAAGAACUACGUCGAGGUUCGUCGCCGGAAAAAUGUUCUCAAGAUUCGUCAUUACGACGCCGUUUCGUGUCUUAGCUUGAACGAAGAGCUAGGUUUACUCUAUUCCGGUUCGUGGGAUAAGACUCUCAAAGUCUGGAGAUUAUCUGAUUCAACAUGUCUUGAAUCGAUUCAAGCUCACGACGACGCUAUCAACACGGUGGUUGCUGGUUUUGACGAUUUGCUAUUCACUGGAUCCGCCGACGGAACUUUGAAAGUGUGGAAACGUGAGCUUCAAGGAAAAGGAACGAAACAUUUUCUGGUUAAUGUGUUGAUGAAGCAAGAGAACGCUGUAACGGCGUUAGCGGUUAAUUUAACGGCGGCUGUUGUUUACUGUGGUUCUUCUGACGGUACCGUUAAUUUCUGGGAAGGACAAAAAUUUCUUUCUCAUGGCGGGACUCUCCGCGGCCAUCGUAUGGCGGUGCUCUGCCUCGCCGCCGCCGGUAGUCUUGUGUUAAGCGGCGGAGCCGAUAAGAACAUUUGUGUGUGGAGGAGAAACGGCGAUGGGACACACUCGUGUCUCUCGGUGUUGAUGGAUCACGUGGGACCUGUUAAGUGUUUGACGGCGGUGGUAGAGGUGGAAGACGACAGUGAAGGCCACAGAGAGAAAGGAGAUCAGAAAUGGAUAGUUUACAGUGGAAGCUUGGACAAAUCGGUUAAAGUUUGGCGCGUGACGGAGACGGCGUCUACGGUUAUUGGCUGAGAUAUACUUGAGGAGGAGUGUACACGCGCCGUCUUUAGUGCGUGUGGAAAAGGGGAAUGUUCCGCGGCCCAUGUGAUUCCUGCCGUUGUGGUCAAGGCAAGUUUUUAUGGCCGGCUAAAAGAAGCAGUUACAUACAACCAAUAGCGAACUGCCACGUCAUGAAAGUAUCUAAAAGGUUUAGAAAGUUCAUCUAGUUUAUUCGAUCUUCUUUGUAAAGUGUAACUGCACAUAUUUGAGUUACGUUCUAGAAAUUAUUGUUUCAUUGUAUUAAAUCAUUUUAUUUGUA